AUGCCCCGCGGAGAAAGAACCGAAAAUAUUAUUGUAAAAGCUGCAAACUCUCCAAGACCAGCUGCGUGGGUGUUGGAGAGGUCUGUCGAUGGUGAAGAAUUUCGACCAUGGCAAUAUUAUGCUCCAAGUGAUGAGGAGUGUUGGUCGAGGUACUCGAUUCCGCCUGUCACAAAGCCAAUUUUCAAUUUCGAUGACGAGGUCAUUUGUACAAGUAUGUACUCUAGACCAACUCCAGUGGAAAACGGAGAGAUCCACACACAUUUGCUGAAUGGUCGACCAGGUGCACAAAAUCACAGUGAAACCCUGCAAGAAUUUACUCAAGCGAGAUAUGUUCAAUUAAGGUUUCAAGGUCUUCAUCGUAGUGGUGGAGCAAUCGCUGAUAAACGACGGGCAUUUUAUUCCAUAAAAGAAAUCAGCAUCGGUGGCCGUUGUUUGUGUUCAGGUCAUGCUUCUCGGUGUCGAUACAGCGUUCGCCAUGGGCAUCAAGAGUGUGAAUGUGAACGACACACUUGUGGCGAAAGAUGCGAGAAAUGUUGUUCGAUGUACAACCAAGUGGCUUGGAAACCUGGAACAGCUGGUCGAGGCUUUCAUUGUGAGAAAUGCAAUUGCCAUGGACAUGCAAAUGCAUGUAGAUACGAUCCAGAGAUUGCUGAAAGACGAAUGUCUCUUGACAUCAGGGGGAAAUACCGUGGGGGUGGUGUUUGUAUAAAUUGCUCGGACCAUACAACGGGAAUCAACUGUGAGAAAUGUCAAGUUGGUUACUACAGGCCCAAUGGUGUUUCACCUGAUGAUCCUCAUCCUUGUAUACCAUGUGAUCAUUGCAAUAUUGGCGGCAGCACAGGUUUCUGCAUUCCAGAUGAUACCUACCCAGGAAAGGUAGCAGGUGCUUGCGACUGUAAAGUUGGCUUCUCAGGUUACAAGUGUGACCAAUGUGCAGCAGGUUAUCGGCAAUUUCCUGACUGCAUGCCAUGUCCAUGUGAUUCACGAGGAAUUUUACCUUCUCACGAUUGUGAAGGUGAUUGUCUUUGCAAAGCGAACGUUGGUGGCGAAUUUUGUGAUCGAUGUAAGUCAGGAUUCUUUGCAUUGACUCGCGAUAAUCUUGAAGGAUGUCUACCAUGUGACUGCUUUGGUGUCACCGAUCAAUGUACCGCUGCAAAGCUUGUUUAUGAAUCUAUUUCUACAUUAAGUGACUGGCGUGUGACAGACAUCAAUGCAUCGAGACCAGUAGUUCCAACUGUUGAUCCUGACAACGGAUGGUUAACCCUUGCGGCUUACGAAGUCGAAUAUCAAAGUCCAUUUUGGCUUGCUCCGAAAAUGUAUUCUGGUAAUCGAUUGUCGUCUUAUGGUAGCAACUUGAACUAUUCUACAAGCUGGAUUGUUAUGAGAGGUGACACAAGUGGUAAACCAACUAUUGAACCUAACGUCAUUCUUGUGGGUAAAAAUGGAAUGAGAAUUGCGUAUGGUGAAGAACAGUAUAAUGGGCAAGAAGCAGAAAUAUCUGUUCCACUUCAAGAACAAGGUUGGUACCACGUUCACGAAGAAAUCCAUGACAUUUAUACAAGACGUAGGAGAACAGAAUACAAAGGAGAUCCAGUCACCCGAUCGCAAAUGCUCAAAGUUUUGGCAGAUGUUGAACACUUGAUGCUAAGAGCUCAGUACCAUUCAGAACAAGUGGAAGCAAGUCUUUUAUCUGUCAUGUUACCGAUUGGAGAACGUGCAGAAGACGGUAAUGAAAGUCGUGUAGAACAUUGCAAGUGCCCAGAAGGAUAUGCAGGUUUAUCUUGUGAGAAUUGUGCAUGGGGGUAUGUUAAAGUCAUCGUCAAUGGUACUGACCACCAGGAUCAUCAUAUUUGUGUUAAAUGCGACUGUAACGGUCAUGCUGGAUCCUGCGAUCUCGUCAUGGGAGAAUGCAUCGCUUGUGAACAUCACACCACUGGACCAAAAUGUGACCGCUGUGCUGUUGGUUACUACGGAGACGCAACUCAAGGAACUCCAGAAGAUUGCAAACGAUGUGCUUGUCCUCUCUUUGAACCAUCGAAUCAAUUUAGUCCCAGUUGUCGAGCAGAUGACCCUAAAAACCCUAACGGUAACUACGUUUGUAUUCAAUGUCCUGAGGGAUACAUUGGAGACCAUUGUGAAAGAUGUGAUGUCGGCUAUUUUGGCGAUCCAACAAAGCUUGGCGGAAGCUGUAAACUUUGUCCUUGUAACGGCGGAACGUGUGACCGAGAAACUGGUCGCUGUUUGGAAUGUCUUGGUAAUACAGAGGGUUGGAAAUGCGAUAAAUGUAAAGAGGCUCAUUAUGGUGAUCCUUUGAGGCAAAAUUGUUUACCCUGCAAUUGUAACAUUCAAGGCAGCAGUUCGGGUUUAUGCGAUCCAAUAAGUGGCCAGUGUCCAUGUUUACCGCUCUUCAGUGGUCGUGAUUGUUCUCGAUGCAUUGAAGGUUACGGAAAUGUCAGUGUAGGUUGCAGAGAGUGUGAUUGCGACGUGGGAGCUGUCAGCAGCGACUGUGAUCCUAUCACCGGAAGCUGUGAGUGCAUGCCAGGAGUCGAUGGAGAUCGAUGUGACCGGUGUGAUGUGGAUCAUUACGGGCUCUCAAUGAAUGGCUGUAUCGAGACUAUGUGUUUUGAUUUUAAUUUCGAUCUAGCAGAUCCAAUGUCAGUUCCAUACCUGAUGGUAGGAAUAUACCCAACAGAUUUCUUUAUCAACCCUAGAUUUAUACCAGGUGAUUCAUAUCAUGGUGAAGAACUUGAAAAACUUUUAAGUCCAACAGUUGGGGAUAAUUUAGAUUCAUUAAAAAGAUUAUUAAACAUCAAAUUCCGUUUUACGUUCCACCAAAGUCUGUUGAUGUUAGAAGAUACCCAGUGUAUAUGCAUGAGAAUGUAUUUGUUGGUUUUCUCACGAUCCAAAUUUUGA